UUUUUUUUUAGAGUAGCUUUGUUUAGUUUAUCAUCGUUAAGCUCAUAAAAAACUGAGCAACUUUAAAUGCUAUAGAAAAUGUUCAGUUGUUUCCAAAUCUAAGUUGUAAAUUUACCUAAAUUCAGUCAUGUCCAAACGUGUCAGCAUUAUUUUACCUGGCGAGGAGGUAAAAUUUGCGCUGGUAAGCGCUGAAGGAUCCUCGGCUAGAAACUCCGCAAACGGCAGUUCCAUUAAAAGUCCCCUUAGGAGCUCUCUUAAAGGCAGUUCCAUUAAAGACGGUUCACCCAGAGGUUCCACAAGUACCAUUGCAAAAGAAACUACCAACAGAGGGUCCAGAGAGGAUGUUUCUGCUAAGGACGAGUCAAGCAAGCUCGCAAGUAGCGCUUUAGUGCCUUCUUCCGAUUCCGCUUGUCCGGAGGAGACCUCUUUCAGCUUACCCGAUGAUAGCGAUGGAUGCCAGCGCUACGACAAAACAUGCUCUUGCUGUCAUUGUGUGGAGAUGCGACACGCUCACAAGCGUGUUGCCUUUUUGCGGACGCCCGAGGGAAAGCGCCGCCUCGAGAUGAAAAUGUGUGCCAAGAAUCUCUUCAUGGACAUCUGUGCAAUGGCGCAUGUGCGCAAUUACAUACUCAAUCGCCUUCAUGGCACCAAGGAGCUGCACCCCUCGCCUCGCGUCAGCUACCCCGUGAGUAUAAGCAAUGUGGAGCGGCUAGAUUCCAACUCACUGAUUGUGGACUGGUAUGUGCAUGACCCCGAAAAUGUGAGACAUUACGAUAUCUAUGUGGAGGGUCGUUUGGCCAAGCGAAUCUACAGCCCUGACCAGACCACGACGAUAAUACUGGAUGUUGAUGUGCGGCAAACGCAGCGUCUCAGAAUGAGGGCAGUACCUUUUAAAGGCGGGCGCACGUGCUCCAAUAUCAUCGAUACGAUCGUGCGAGAGGUUUGCUGCGUAGGCAUGGAGAACAUCAUGAAGGGCGGGUAUUUCUGUGAAUGUCUUAAGUCCAGGGAUGCUGUCAAACAAUUUUACAAGAAAAAUUCUUGCAAAUCGAUGGUGGACUUCUGGAAGGACAGCGAGUUUCUCUACAUGCCCGCCUGCACGUGCGAAGAACCUUGCGAUUGCGAAUGCUUCCCUGAUAUGUGCGAGGAAUAGUCCAUUGGGCACAAAAAAUAGGCUAUUUUCUAGUGGACGAUAAAUUCAUUUUUCGUGAAAAAUAAACUUUUGUGAGUUUAAUCAAUUUAAGCAAAAAAUGUCAUCGCUAAUACAUUAAGUAGCCCGAUUAUACAAACAAA